CAUCAGUACACACGCACCAGGAAUAGUGAGUGAGCACCGAUAUUUGUAAAGGCUUUAUUGGACAACCCUGCAGUGACACCCCUCUGCCAACAUCUCCUUUUCUCUCUCUCUCUCUCUCUCUCUCUCGCCUGUGCGCGCGCAGGAGCAGCUGUCAUUGGGUCGAAAGCGGGUGCCCGCGCGCUGCAUAUAGCGAGACUAUCCUGUUUGAAGAUUAUGCUGCAGCUCUUGGCCAUCUUGUAUCAGACAGGAUGAGACGUUGAUAAUGAAAAACUAGACAGAGGAGCACGUUUUUUUCUGACAGAAUACGGUCAGUGACAGGCGAAUACCACAAAAGGGUGAAGAAAAUCCCGUCUGCCGCUGUGUGUGCUGAAAACACCUCAAACGAGUUGUGGAUUAUUCCGAGGACAUCGUACUGAAACCAUGAGCUGGGGGUCAGAGCUAUGGGAUCAGUUUGACAACUUGGAGAAGCAUACACAGUGGGGGAUCGAAUUUGUGGAGAAGUACACUAAAUUCGUUAAAGAGAGAUCGGAGAUUGAAACCAACUAUGCAAAACAAAUUAGGAAUUUAUCAAAGAAGUAUCAACCCAAGAAGAACUCACGAGAAGAGGAAGAGAGCAAAUACACCUUCUGUCGAGCCUUCCUGACGACACUUAACGAAUUAAAUGACUACGCGGGUCAACACGAGGUCAUAGCGGAGAACCUGACGUCUCAAAUCAUCACUGAGCUUUCACGCUACCUGCAGGAGCUCAAGGCCGAGAGAAAAUCGCACUUCCAUGAUGGGCGUAAGGCACAGCAACACAUUGAGAGCUCGUGGAAACAGCUGGAAUCAUGUAAAAGAAGGUUUGAGAGAGACUGCAAAGAGGCAGACAGAGCACAGCAAUACUUUGAGAAGAUGGAUGCUGACAUUAACGUGACUAAGGCUGACGUGGAGAAGGCACGACAGCAAGCUCAGAUGAGGCACCAGAUGGCUGCUGACAGUAAGAGCGAUUACUCCGCCUACCUGCAAAAGUUCAACCAGGAGCAGAAUGAACAUUACUACACAGUUAUACCCAACAUAUUCCAGAAACUUCAAGACAUGGAGGAGAAAAGAAUUGACAGGAUAGGAGUGUGCAUGAAGACAUUUGCGGACGUGGACCGCCAAGUGCUGCCCAUCGUGGGGAAAUGUUUAGACGGCAUGACGAAAGCUGCGGAGUCCAUCGAGCCCAAGACUGACUCGAAGCAGGUGGUGGAGUCCUAUAAGUCUGGGUUCGAGCCCCCAGGAGAUGUGGAGUUUGAGGAUUACGGCCAGGCCAUGAAGAGGACGGCAUCUGACACCAGCCUGUCCAACUCCAGAGAUGUCAAGGAGAAGCCCAAGGAGAAGAGCAAGGGCAAACUGUGGCCUUUCAUUAAGAACAAGAACAAGCUUAUGUCCCUGUUAACGUCCCCCCACCAGCCCCCACCUGCCCCCCCAGCCUCAUCCCCGCCCUCACCCUCUGCUGUUCCCAACGACCCCCAGUCUCCCAAGCAGCACAAGGAGCCCCUCUCCCACCGCCUCAACGACUUCAUGACCUCCAAACCCAAAAUGCACUGCCUCCGGAGCCUGAGGCGAGGGCUUUCUCUCAAGCUGAUCACACUCAAUUCCCACGUCCGGAAUCUCAUUGAGGGCUCCGGACCAGAGGACUUCAGCCACCUGCCACCAGAACAGAGGAGGAAGAAGCUGCAGGGCAAGAUAGAUGAACUCAAUAAGGACAUUCAAAAAGAGAUGGACCAGAGGGAUGCUCUAACUAAGAUGAAAGACGUGUACGUGAAGAACCCUCAGAUGGGAGAUCCGGCCAGUGUAGACCCUCGGCUAUCAGAAAUAGGCCAGAACAUCGAGAAACUUCAGUUUGAAGUGCAGAAAUUUGAGGGCUGGUUAGCAGAGGUGGAGGAAAGGAUGCCAUCCAAGAGCGAUACACACCGGAGAAGUGGACUCUAUGAGACCCAGAACAACACAACAGUGAGCAACAACUGUGCGCAGGACAGAGAGAGGCCUUUGAGCAGCCCGGAUGGCAGCUACACAGAGGAGCAGAAUUCAGAGACUCAGGUCAAAGCAAACAUCAACCCCAUCCCCCCCACCUCCACCACGCCAGAGUUUGACGAUGAGUUUGACGAUGAGGAGGCCCUGCCCACCAUCGGCACCUGCAAAGCCUUGUAUCCAUUUGAAGGUCAUAAUGAAGGCACCAUCUCAGUGGCAGAGGGUGAGCUGUUGUACGUCAUAGAAGAGGACAAAGGAGAUGGCUGGACACGAGUGCGCAGGAAUGAGGACGAGGAGGGAUACGUCCCCACAUCCUACGUCGAGGUCUUUUUGGAAACAAAUGCCAAAGGUGCUAUGACAUACAUUUAACUCAGCAAGUGUGUUUUUGUCUUUGCGAGUCAGUAAGUUUCCGUCACUGCUACAUGAGUGGGGCAAGUGUUGGAGAUUAAAGAUUGUUACUGGUAGCUCAGAUAAGAGAAUACCCUCCCUUUCUCACACACACACACACACACACACACACACACACACACACACACACACACACACACACACACACACACACACACACACACACUUCCUGUCUGUCCUGGAGUGACGCACCAAUCAGAUUUGUCCAUUGUGCCUCAUGACAGUUGGGACAGUUGUGGCUGAUAGUGUGAGUGUGUGUCACUGUACACUGUUACUGAGCUCUGAACAAAACAUUUGGAAGGAAAUAACACUGAAUGCGAGCUAAGCCACGCGGGUGUUGUGUACAAGGAGUGUGUAAAAGGAAGCUUGUAGUUCCUCACCUCCCAUUCACUGCAGUGCCACCUAGUGGUCAUAGAAAAUAAAACAUGACACUCUCAGUCAAAGCUUAGCAUGAUGGGACAAAUCACCCACUGACAGUGAUCACAUGUACAUUUCAAAUACACAGUACUUGAUUUUUAUACACUCACAUAUAUAUAUAUAUAUAUAUAUAUAUAUAUGUACAUACAUAUAUAUAUAUAGUGUUUUUGUUAAGGUUUCAGAUUACAGCCACUCAAAUUAACAUGCUUUUAAUUAAGAGUCACAAACUCAGAAGAGUCAGUAUGAGUGAAUGUAUGCAGCAUCUGAAGUGACGAUGACCAUCAAGUGAAAGGUCCUGUGUUUUGGUCACUUGUUGUACCCUCAGAGGAAAGCAUGCUCGAUGUGCAAUCAUGCAGAUGUAAUUUAAAUCAGCUGUAAAAUGUGAAUACAUAUUAAAAGAUAUUUUUGUAGGCUAAACAGAAAAAAAAAACCAGAAAAAAUGCGCCCCUUCUCAAAUGUUGCAUGCUGUAGAUUAAUCAUAGUGCUGUUACAACAUGAGGAAGUUGUGAAAGUACCCCUGGUUAGGAGUCAUUUUGUAAAAGUAUUGACGAAAUCAAACUAAUAUUCCUCUUAGAAUGUGCUUUCUUUUCUUUUUAAUCCACCUUUUUUAAUUGAUAGUGUUGGGCUGUUCUGGUCCUUUUUCUCCAGGCCAGUGGUAAAGGAAUAAAGGAUUGAGAAUUAGCUGUACUAAGCUAUAUGGUGAGACUGGGCUGAGAUAUGGAGCUGGUCGUGACUUUAAAGCUUUGUGGUGUCUUGCGGCACCUCUGUGAACCGUGCACUUACUGUAAAAGCAUGGUGUGUAUGGCCUCUGUGUCAUUUCACCUCACUGCUCCAAUAACAUUCUGCACUACUUCUAAAGAUUGGCACUGACGCAGAAACCACCUCUUUCAUAACUCAUCACACAAGCCUUUGUUAAACUUCCUUUCAUACUUUUUAAUCAGCUUCGGUGGCUUGUUACUGGCACAGCAUGGGGUUCUUAUGUGCAGGAUGUCACUUCACGUCAGAGCUGUAAAUACACAUUUCAUGUCUCUGUAAUUUUGUUAUUGAAGAGCAUUUGAAAUGUGUCGCAUGCUGCUGCAUUUGUGGGAUUUUUGUCCUGAUCAUGACCUGGUUUCAGCAUGUUGUGACACAGUGAAGUGAUUGCAUUCUAACAUGCAUUCAAGCCAGAUGAAAACUGAAGUGGAAGAAGCUGAAAGGUUUUUAGUUACAUAGAUACAUGUUUGGGUUAUGGAGGUCUUUCAUACAUUACAUUACAUUCAUGCUGACAUCACAGUAUAGUCUGUCAGUUUGAAGUAGUUUCAUAUAUGCAAUGACUUCUCUCUUCCUCCUCUCCAUAUCUGAAUAUUUGGGUUGCUGUCGAUUUUCCUUUAAAGCUAUCUAACUUUUCUUUUUGUCAUUUUUUUUUUUGUUUGUUUGUUCGUAUUUUCUUUUUUUUUUUUUUUUUGAA